AUGGCCGUCCUCCGGUCCAUCACAGCCUUGACGGCUCUCCUUCUCCUCCCGCUCACGACCCUCGCCCAUCCCGAGCCGUCGAACCGCACCUAUGACUACAUCGUCGUCGGCUCCGGUCCCGGUGGCGGGCCUCUGGCUUGCAACCUCGCGCGGGCGGGCCACUCGACCCUCCUGCUCGAAGCGGGAGACGACCAAAGCUCGGACGUGCGCACCAUCAUCGCCAACGGCGGCUACAUGGUCACGCCCGCGGACGGCUGGUUCUUCUUCGUGAAGCAUCACUCGGACGAGGAGACGGAGCGGCGGAACAACCACCUGACGUGGAGGUUCGCCAACGGCUCGUACUGGGUGGGCAACGCGGCGAGGGCGCCGGAGGGCGCGGAGCUGCUGGGGGUGUAUUAUCCCCGCGGCGCGACGGUCGGAGGAUCGUCGGUCACGAACGCGAUGGCGACGUGGCUGCCUAGCGACGGGGACUGGGAUUUUGUGCAGAACGUCACGGGGGAUACUUCGUGGAACCACAGCAACAUGAGACGUAUCUUUGAGAGGAUCGAGAGGAACAAUUAUCUUCGCAGGGGCACCCCCGGACAUGGGUUCGACGGCUACUUUGAGACCAACCUCGGCAACGGGUCACAGUACAUCAGGAACCCGGGCGUGAUGGACGUGCUCAAGUCGCAUGUCCGAUCCAUCGGACAAGACCCGGACAAGCUCAUUGAGAUGCUGGUGAGCGACGGCAACUUCCUUAGCGAAAACCGCGACACCACAGAGGGGCUCUGGGGACUGUCUUCCCAUGCGACUGAGAGAUGGGAACGGUACAGCGCCCGCACUCUCAUCUUGGAGACUCUGUCAGCCAAGAACCCGGACGGCUCGCCCAAGUAUCCGCUGGCCUUGUCGCCCAACUCCCUGGCCACGAAGGUCCUAUUCAAUGAGACGAGCGUCAGGAAGCCCAGAGCCAUCGGGGUGGGAUACCUGGUUGGUAAUUCCAUAUACGGCGCGGACCUCCGACGAAGUGCAUCAGGAACAGGCGAGACCGCACGAGCGUUCGCCUCUCGCGAAGUCAUCGUGGCAGGCGGAGCCUUCAACUCGCCCCAGAUCCUGCAGCUUAGUGGCAUCGGAAACAAAGCCGAUCUCGAGGCUCUCGGCAUCAAGGUCGUGGCGGAUCUGCCGGGUGUCGGCCGGAACCUCCAGGAAAACCAGGAAUUCCCCGUUGUGGGACACGCCCAGCUCAAUCUUACAGCCAUUGCUAGCCCCAACGAGCCGACAUGCGCAAAGGGAACACCGGGAGACCCUUGUGAAGCGCUCUGGCGGCAAGGCAAGGGGCCGUACAUGCGGCCCGGAUACAACUCGAACGCGCUUCUGCUCAAGUCCAACUUCUCGCUAAACGGCGAACGGGACGUCUUCAUCUUCAGCUGGCCCAAUGCGUUCCGGGGUUUCUGGCCCCCGGUGAAGCAGCCGGAGCUCGUCGACCCGCCUACGACGAUGGGCUUCUCGGUGGUGAAGAUGCAUCCGCAGAACAAGGCCGGGUACGUCAAGCUCCGGUCUGCGGACCCGACGGAGCCGCCCGAGAUCAACUUUGAGCUGUACAAGGAGGGGGCGGAGACGGACCUUGGAGCAUUAGCCGAGAUUGUAGCGUGGGGCCGGCGGAGCAUGAGCAACGUCCAAGGUCCGUGGGGUCCGUUGGAGCCGGCGGAACCGCCGUGCUCGCAGGUCAGAAGCGACGGUGGGUGUGGCGACGCGGACGCGGAGUCGGACAAGAAGUGGAUCCGCGAGCAGACGUUCGGGCAUCACCCCACGGGCACUUGCAAGGUCGGGGCGGAAGGGGACCGCAUGGCGGUGCUGGAUUCGAAGUUUCGGGUGCUGGGUGUCGAGGGACUGAGGGUGGUGGACGCGAGUGUGUUCCCGCGCGCGCCGGGGGCGUUUCCGGUCGUAGCGACCUUCAUCAUCAGUCAAAAGGCGUCGGAUGUGAUUCUGAGCGAAGUAUCCGUAUAG